AUGGCUACUGCUAUACCCACCUCAGCGACCCCGGUCCAAGGUCACAAUGAUGGGCACGACUUUUUGGCGUGUCUCGCAUCGAACCCAAAGAUGAAUCUCGUCAGUUCAUCGCAAGACAAGGAGCAGUUCGACAGUUUGACCGGUCAGUUGGACGAGGUCACGGAGUUGGCGAAUGCACCGGCGCCCCUUUUUGUGAAGCUGUCGUAGGACGUGUAGCCAUUGACUGAGACCAAUGCUCUUGUCGUAUGCCCAGGAGCAUUCAAUCAACGUCUCUACACCUCCGCCAUGGCCAUCGUGACCCCAACAGACGCACAGGCCGUCUCCUCGGCAGUCACUUUCGCCCGGCAGUACAACAAACCCGUGACCGCUCGCGGGGGAGGGCACUCCUAUGCCGCCUACGGCGUCGGCAGUGGCAACGCCCAAGGCCUCGUCAUCGAUCUCGGUCACUUUUCCAACAUCGAAUUGAAAGACGAUAACCGGACCGUCGUCGUAGGUGGCGGUGUUCGACUUGGUGAUAUGGCACUUCAACUGGAUGAAUGGGGUUUAGCAAUCGCUCAUGGUGUUUGUCCGUUCGUUGGCGUGGGGGGACAUGCCGCUUUUGGCGGGUUCGGAUAUGCUUCAAGAGCUUGGGGCCUUACUCUUGAUCAUAUCGUCGCUUGUGACGUCGUCUUGGCGGAUGGGACGUACCUUCAAGGUCUGACGAGGGAGCAGGAUCCCGAUCUCUUUUGGGCAUUGUGCGGUGCCGCUCCGAAUUUCGGAAUCCAAACAGCGUAUCACUUCCGAGCCUAUGAGAAACCCAACAACGUGGUUCGAUUCAAGUACUCUUACUCCAAUGCUUCACCCGAUAUGAUGACACGGGCUUUCCUAGCGUUCCAAACAUGGGGACAGGAGUCAUCACCGCCAAACUUGGGUUUGGCCGCCGUCAUCGGAGGUGGAGGGUCAUUCGAGAUUACAGGCAUCUACUAUGGUACUGGAGACGCUUGCAAAGAGCUCAUGGCGCCGUUCGAGGAAAAUCUACCGGAAGGUUUCUCAACCGAGGUGGAUCAAGCCAUGUCGUGGCUCGAGUCGUUACAAGCCCUAUCGCAUUCGCAGCCUUUAUCGACGAAGGGGAAGACCGGCUUCGUAAGUUUUCUACCCUGGCCCGGUGGAGUUCCGAUUUGAGCGCUCGUCUGAUUAUCAAGUCAAGCCGUGCUUUCUCUCUAGCGAGACUGUUUCUACGCCAAAUCACUCAUGACCCCCGACUCUCCGCAUCAACUCAUCACCACCGACGCCGCUCUCGCCUUCUUCACCUACCUCCAAAACACCGCCACAACGACAAACUGGUUCGUCGAAAUCGAUCUCUACGGUGGUGCAGGAUCAGCAAUCAAUGCUGUCCCUCUUAACCAAACUUCAUUCGCACAUCGUUCGUCGUUGUUGACGUUCCAAAUGUACGCUUCGUCGAAGACGUAUGGGAAUCCGUAUCCCGAGGAUGGUUUCGACUUUGUUUCUGGGUCAGUCGAGGGUUGGAGUACCCGCUGAUUCCCAUAGUUCUAUUGUCUGACUCUUGGUCUUUCUCUCGUAUUCCAGCAUGUGCGACGCCCUAUUGAAUCCAAUGAAGGAAGUCUGGGGCACCUCCUACGGGGCUUACGUCAAUUAUGGUAAGUCGUCGAGUCGCUCCUAAUCACCUCUGGGAACCCUUUUCCCCAAUCCUAAUCGACCCCCACCACUUCCCUCUCCCCUUCCAGUCGAUCCCUCCCUAACCCCCGAUCAAGUCAAAACACUCUACUGGGGCUCGCAAUACGAACGUCUUUCUACUCUACGUGCGAAGUAUGACCCGACGGAGGUGUUCAGGUACCCACAGGCGAUUCGACCAUCGACAUCCACAACAUGA